CCCCGCUCUCCGCCCCGCUGGUGUAUGAGUGAUUCGUAACCGCGAGCCCCGCCAUGUCCACGCCGGCCCGGAGGCGCCUCAUGCGGGACUUCAAGAGGCUGCAGGAGGAUCCCCCGGCCGGAGUGAGCGGAGCCCCCUCGGAGAACAACAUCAUGGUGUGGAAUGCGGUCAUCUUUGGGCCAGAGGGAACCCCAUUUGAGGAUGGAACUUUCAAGCUUACCAUAGAAUUCACGGAAGAAUAUCCGAACAAGCCACCUACUGUCAGAUUUGUGUCUAAGAUGUUUCAUCCGAAUGUCUAUGCAGAUGGUAGUAUAUGUCUGGAUAUUCUUCAAAACCGUUGGAGCCCCACCUACGAUGUAUCAUCCAUCUUAACAUCCAUACAGUCUUUACUGGAUGAGCCCAACCCAAACAGCCCAGCAAACAGCCAGGCAGCUCAGCUAUACCAAGAGAAUAAGCGGGAAUACGAAAAGCGAGUCUCCGCCAUUGUAGAACAGAGCUGGCGUGACUGUUGACCUUGGCUGAUGCAAAUGAACACUCUGAUGAGGAAAAUAUAUGUAUGAAGUGUCUGAGUCCUCCUCCUC